ACUGUAAACAGCUUAGUUGGGAUGAAAAGGAAAUAAGAAAAGAACAAUUAGGUUAGGCUUUGGUACUUACUGAUUUGACUACACACUUCCAGUUCAGUCUUCUUUCCCUCGACCUAUUUUACAGAGAGAGUCGUCGUCUUCUUCUUCUUUCACGUUUGAAUAUCUGAUCGAUGCCCCCUCCGUCGAUGUCGACUCUCCCGCUUGAGUUUAUCGUGGAAAUACUUACAGAAUUACCCGUCAAGAGUCUCGUGCGUUUUCUUUGUGUUUCGAAGUCAUGGUACGCCGUCAUCAACAAACCGGAUUUCAUAAAGAAGCAUCUCAAGCGCUCCACCAAGACCAACAGGGAACGCACGCUCAUUGUCCAGGACUGCGAGCGCCUUCGGAAUGCGGAUCCAUUAUUUCUAAAAUUUGAGGACGAGAAACGUCGGCCACCGGAUUACUACUCCGUACGCUUUCACGACGAUGGUCGGUUCGAUAGAGCCGUGCGAAUCUACCAGCCACUGCGCCACAGAAGAGCAAAAGGCACAAUCGUGAACGCUUGCAACGGCCUGGUUUGCCUCUACAACUUGGAGAGUGAGAUUGCGAUUUGGAACCCAUUAAUAAGAAAGUAUAGGAAAUUACCUUUUGAUCCGAUCCGUAUCCCUUCAGGUUUCGAGAAACAAGGCUCUUAUUCUGCCUGGAACUCUCCCGCUAUGUGGUCUGAAUUAGCAUUUGGGCACGAUCCGUUUAUCGACGACUACAAGGUGGUGAAGGUCUCGGAAUUGUGUAAAGGGCGUGAGCAGGUUUUUGAAGUCAAGGUAUAUAGUCUGAGAGCGCAUUCUUGGAGGAGGGUCAACGAUAAAUGGCCUAAAAAGGGUUCAGCGAUUGCUUCCAAGCCUGCUUUCUUGAACGGCGCUCUGCAUUGGUUGGCUGCUUCUAAAUCGCGCAGGUCUCUGGAGAUGCUUGUUGCUUUGGAUCUUGCCACCGAAAAAUUCCGGAUGUGUAAGACACCGUUUAAGAAUUCUAGUGGUUUAUCGGAGCCCGAGUUGGAGGUAUUGGGAGGUUAUCUCUGUGUUUGCACGAACGAAUUUCUGGAGUCUGACAGUAUCAAUGUUUGGGUGAUGAAGAAGUAUGGGGUGGAGAGCUCCUGGACUCUGCUCUAUACUAUUUUGCGGGAGGCGGUUCCUUGGUCGUUUCAUUACUGUAAGCCUUUAGUGUUUUCCAAGAAUGGUGAGAAGAUUCUGAUGCAGCAGGAUCACUUUGACAAUCUCUUUUGGUAUGACGUAAAAGAGGGGACAGGCAGGAAGGCUGAGAUUCUGGGUAUGCCGGAAAUGUUCCGGACCGCGACUUGUGUUGGAAGCCUUGUUCUGCUCGAUGGUGAUAGUGUGAUGGAUGUCGAGUUAGAAGAAGGGGAACCGGAGUAUGAGGCAUGGUAAUAAUCCAUUGGAGGGUCUUAAAUCUGUUGGUAGAAGAAAUGGAGCUAUAAAUCAAUAGCUAGGAAGGGUAUUUUGGUAUGCAAUGGAAAUCUCUUCUUUUUGUGGAAUCUACUGUAUUAAUACUCUAUGAGAU